GUGACUAGUUAUCAUGGUAUGGUAAAUUGUUAGGAGGAUGUCUUUGGAGACGAGGGGGGUGGACAGGGUCAUUGACUUUGUGACUGGUGUAUAAAUGAAUCAGUCAGAUUCAGCUGUCUACAGAGCUUUUACCUACAUCAGCAUCAACAGUGACCUUAUUUUUGUUGAGUGUGAAGGAAAUCUUGCCUUGCGUGGAAAAGCUACACAGUCAGACCUCAUUGAGAGCAUAUGGCACGGUUACAGUCAUGCCUCCAAUGCCAUUGAUGGGAACCGCGAUUCACAUUUUCAUCAUGGGUCCUGCACUGCCACUGAUGAAUCCACUAACCCCUGGUGGAGAGUGGACCUGCUUGAUACCUACAUAGUCACCUCCAUCACCGUCACCAACAGAGGGGAUGCUGUUCCUGAGAGACUUAACGGGGCUGAGAUACGAAUAGGAAAUUCUUUACUGGACAAUGGCAUUCAUAACCCUCUGGCUAAAACAAUUUCCUCUGUUCCAGCCGGAAGUUCUCUCACCCUGGCUUUUGACCCAAGUUUCGAAGGACGUUAUGUGAUUGUGGUUCUACCAGGCCAGCAUAGACUUCUGACACUCUGUGAAGUGGAGGUUUAUGGCUACCUUGCCCCAACCGGAGAUAAUGUGGCUCUAUAUGGAAAGGCCACCCAGUCGUCUUUGUAUGAGUUUGGCAUUCCAGGCAAUGCUAUUGACGGGAAUCACAAUGCUAUUUUGAUGGGAGGGUCCUGCACCCACACUCUACAGGACAUCAACGCCUGGUGGAGGGUGGACCUUCUGAAGACCUACAAAGUGUUCUCCAUCAUCAUCACCAACACAGUCGACAGUGUUUCCAGCAGACUCAAUGGAGCUGAGAUUCGCAUUGGAAACUCCCUGGAAAACAAUGGCAUCGACAAUCCUAGAUGAAGAAGAUCGUUACAGGUAUGGUUGUGUCGUGUCUUUGGCAUCAUUAACGUGAAGACUGUUAUUUUAUCAAAUCAAUUCUCUGUAAUUAUUAUUAGGUGAUUAAACGAAUUAUGUUAAUGUAAUUAAUUAGGAAGUCGGGGCACCAAGGAUAAUCUUCAGAUUCCAAAGUUAUACUUUUCCUGAUAUAACUCUUCAGAUAUUUUAAUAUCUAAUCAAUGAGUCAUCUAAUUAAUUAAUUAUUCUUUACCUCACGUUAGUCUCAUUCCAAACGUCGUAAAUUGUUGAUUAUCUGCACGAACCCAGCCUUUACUAUGAAUCAUCCAUACAUCAAUUGUCUUAAUCAAUUGAUUAUACUAACUAACUAAAUCAAUAUUUACAACUAACUAAAUAUAGGGGAGGUUAGGGGAGGUUCCCUAGUGGGCUACGCCGAUAUGACGGCUUGUUGGACAAAGGGAAGUGGGUGUGGACUGAGAAGGGCGGGAAAAAUGAAAAGGCUGUCACUACACAGUUGAUAAUUUUAUUAAAUUCUAAUCCUUUGCACAUGAACACUCACUCAUUCGGGAAUAAUUGUAAUCAAUAUAUA